UCACUUGGAGCUGUACCAAACGAACCUUUCAACAAGGAAACACCCUCUCUUGUUUGAUUCCGUUACUUUUAGGCAGUUUCAGCAAACGUUCUAUUUAACUCUGCAACAAAAGCACUCAAUCCUCUAAUCAAGAAACGCUCCAUGCUCUUUCUUUCGUUCAAGCUCAUAAAUUCUUGGCUUACAAAGAAACUACUUUUUGGGAAGUUGGUGAACUGAAAGCUCUCAAGAGCAAAUAGAAACAUUUUUAUUCAUAUCAAACGUAUGGCUAGCAAGCUACGACUUGACUUUUGCUGAAAUCUUGUUACAACGAAUCCAAUAUGGCAUCAGUUUUAGCGGGAGAUGAUCUAGCAGCAAGAUCACUGAGCAGCGGAAGAGGGUGGGGGUCGGCAAGGUUCCGGGAAAUUUGGCAAUCUCCACCAGAAGUUUUCGAGCGGAGCCGACGGCAUGAUACGGAAGAAGACCUCAUGUGGGCUGCCAUCGAACGACUUCCAACGUAUGAUCGUUUGAGAAAAGGUAUGCUAAGGAAAGUUGCUGAUAAUGGGAACGUAGUUCUUGACGAAGUUGACGUAACUAAGCUUGGAACACAACAUAAGAAGCAGCUGAUGGGGAGUAUUUUGAAGGUUGUUGAAGAAGACAAUGAAAACUUUCUUAGGAAAUUAAGGGACAGAACUGAUAGAGUUGGUAUUGAAAGUCCAAAGAUUGAAGUUCGAUUUGAGCGUUUGUCAGUUGAAGGAGACGUGUAUGUAGGAAGUAGAGCUCUUCCUACGCUGCUUAAUGUUACCUUGAACACAGCGGAGAGUAUUCUUGGAUUGAUUCGGCUUCUACCAACUAAGAAGAGAAAGAUUGAGAUUCUUAAAAAUGUUAGUGGAAUGGUCAAACCAUCAAGGAUGACCCUGCUCCUCGGUCCUCCAGCCGCAGGGAAAACGACAUUGCUGCUGGCACUUGCAGGAAAGCUUGAUCAUGAUCUAAGGUCUUGUGGGAGAAUUACCUACUGUGGUUAUGAAAUGAAUGAGUUUGUCCCUCAAAGAACAUGUGCUUAUAUCAGUCAACAUGAUCUUCACCAUGGUGAAAUGACCGUGAGGGAGACACUGGAUUUCUCGGGACGGUGUCUGGGUGUUGGCAUGAGGUAUGAAAUACUGAAAGAGCUCUCUAAGCGGGAACAAGAAGCAGGAAUUAAGCCAGAUCCAGAAAUUGAUGCUUUCAUGAAAGCAACAGCAAUGGCAGGCCAAGAAACUAGCUUGGUCACAGAUUAUGUUCUUAAGAUACUUGGAUUAGAAAUUUGUGCGGAUACUCUGGUUGGAGACGAAAUGCGAAGAGGGAUUUCUGGUGGGGAAAAGAAGCGUUUGACCACAGGAGAAAUGUUGGUUGGACCAGCAAAGGCCUUCUUUAUGGAUGAAAUAUCAACAGGGCUGGACAGUUCUACAACUUUCCAGAUUUGCAACUUCAUGAGGCAAAUGGUUCAUGUCAUGGAUGUAACCAUGGUCAUUUCUCUUCUACAACCAGCACCAGAGACAUAUGAUCUUUUUGACGACAUUAUCCUACUCUCGGAGGGUCAAAUUGUCUACCAAGGUCCUAUUGAAAGUGUCCUUGAGUUCUUUGAAUACAUGGGUUUUAAAUGCCCUGAAAGAAAAGGAGUUGCUGAUUUUUUGCAACAAGUAACUUCCAAGAAGGACCAAGAGCAAUAUUGGUUCAGAAAGGACCAACCUUACAGACAUGUUACAGUUUCUGACUUUGUGCAGGGCUUCAACUCAUUCCACAUAGGCCAAAAGCUUGCGUUGGAUCUUACGGUUCCUAAUGACAGAUCCGACGCACCCCAUCCAGCAUUAGUUGCAGAAAAGUAUGGCAUUUCAAAUUGGGAUCUGUUCUGGGCAUGCUUUGCGAGGGAGUGGCUGCUAAUGAAACGUAACGCAUUCGUGUACAUAUUUAAGACUACCCAAAUUACAAUCAUGUCACUAAUUGGCAUGACAGUAUUCUUUAGAACAGAAAUGCAUGCAGGCACUUUGGAAGACGGAGGAAAGUUUUUUGGAGCAUUGUUUUUCAGCCUAAUUAAUGUGAUGUUUAACGGGAUGGCAGAACUUGCGUUGACAGUUUUAAGGCUUCCUGUUUUCUAUAAACAAAGGGACUACUUGUUCUACCCUGCAUGGGCUUUUAGCCUUCCUAUUUGGGUCCUCAGGAUCCCAUUGUCAUUUGUGGAAUCAGGAAUAUGGAUCAUCCUCACAUACUACACAAUUGGAUUUGCUCCAGCUCCUAGCAGGUUCUUCAGACAGUUCUUGGCAUUCUUCGGCAUCCAUCAGAUGGCUCUAUCCCUCUUUAGGUUCAUUGCUGCUGUGGGGAGAACCGAAGUCCUUGCAAGCGCAUUGGGUACCUUCACCUUGCUAAUCAUUUUUGUGCUUGGAGGAUUCAUCGUUUCCAAAAAAGACAUUGAGCCAUGGAUGAUAUGGGGCUACUAUUUGUCUCCUAUGAUGUAUGGACAGAAUGCCAUAGUCAUGAAUGAGUUUCUUGAUAAAAGAUGGAACGCUCAAAAUAAUGACACCAGAAUUAAUGCCGCCACUGUUGGUCAAGUCCUUCUCAAGACUAGAGGCUUUUUUACAGAAGAUUAUUGGUUUUGGAUUUGUGUUGUGGCACUUCUCGGGUUUUCUAUUAUCUUCAACAUUUUAUUUAUUGGAGCGUUGAUUUACCUGAAUCCUCUGGGUGAUUCCAAAGCAGUAGUUGUUGACAAAGAUGAAACUAAGAAGAAUGAAGAGUCAUUCUCUGGACAACACACAGAAGAAGGCGCUGCUAUCUCAGCGAGAAAUUCUUCAAAUGUUUCCAUUGUUGUGGACCGGGCAACUAGAAAAGGAAUGGUGUUGCCUUUCCAACCCCUCUCACUUGCAUUCAACCACAUUAACUACUACGUGGAUAUGCCUUCUGGAAUGAAAAGUCAGGGAGUUAUAGAGGAUCGUCUUCAGCUGCUACGAGAUGUCAGUGGUGCUUUUAGAGAAGGUAUUUUGACAGCAUUAGUGGGUGUCACUGGUGCUGGGAAGACAACCCUGAUGGAUGUGUUAGCAGGAAGGAAAACAGGGGGAUAUAUUGAGGGAAGUAUUAGCAUCUCUGGUUACCCAAAGAACCAAGCUACAUUCACUCGUGUCAGUGGCUACUGCGAACAAAAUGAUAUCCACUCGCCUAAUGUCACUGUUUAUGAAUCUCUCCUGUACUCGGCCUAUCUCCGCCUUUCUUCAGAAAUUGACACUAAGACAAGGAAGAUGUUCAUUGAAGAAGUUAUGGAGUUGGUUGAGCUUAAGCCAAUAAGGGAUGCUUUAGUUGGGCUUCCGGGAAUAGAUGGUCUUUCAACAGAACAAAGGAAGAGGUUGACGAUAGCGGUUGAAUUGGUUGCUAAUCCUUCUAUCAUCUUUAUGGAUGAGCCAACAUCUGGACUCGAUGCCAGGGCUGCUGCAAUUGUCAUGCGUACAGUGAGAAACACUGUUGAUACAGGUAGAACUAUAGUGUGCACAAUUCACCAGCCAAGCAUAGACAUCUUUGAAGCUUUUGAUGAGCUGCUAUUGAUGAAAAGGGGAGGGCAAAUCAUUUAUGCUGGACCUCUUGGUCUCAACUCUCACAAUCUUGUAGAGUAUUUUGAAGCAAUACCGGGGGUUCCAAAGAUCAAGGACGGAUAUAAUCCUGCAACAUGGAUGCUUGAGAUCAGCACUCCAGCAGUUGAGGGUCAACUGAACGUAGACUUUGCAGAAAUUUAUGCUAAAUCCUCACUUUAUCAGAGGAAUCAAGAACUUAUCAAAGAGCUCAGUACUCCAGCUUCAGGCUCCAACGAUCUCUACUUCCCAACCAAAUAUGCCCAACCAUUCCUUUCUCAGUGCAAGGUUUGUUUCCUGAAACAGCAUUGGUCUUACCUAAGGAACCCUCAGUAUAAUGCCAUUAGGUUCUUGAUAACAUUUGUUCUUGGAGUCUUGUUUGGCCUCAUCUUCUGGAACAAAGGACAACAAAUAGCAAAACAACAAGAUGUGUUGAAUUUUUUUGGAGCGAUGUAUUCUGCUGUGUUUUUCCUUGGAGCUGUCAACGCUUCCUCAGUGCAAGCAAUAGUUGCAAUUGAGAGAACAGUCUUCUAUCGUGAAAGAGCAGCUGGCAUGUAUUCUCCACUGCCUUACGCAUUUGCUCAGGUGGCUAUAGAGACAAUUUAUACCUCAAUUCAGACUCUCAUUUACGUUCUGCUUCUUUACGUGAUGAUCGGGUAUGAGUGGAAGGCUGGAAAAUUCCUAUGGUUCUACUACUACAUAACAAGUAGUUAUGUCUACUUCACACUGUAUGGUAUGAUGGUUGUUGCACUAACUCCAGGCCACCAUAUUGCUACAAUUGUCAUGACUUUCUUCCUCAGUUUCUGGAACAUAUUCUCUGGUUUUCUCAUUCCUAGACCGCAAAUCCCUAUAUGGUGGAGGUGGUACUAUUGGGCCACUCCAUUGGCUUGGACACUCUAUGGCCUUAUUACCUCUCAAGUGGGAGACAAAGACAUUUUGCUUGAGGUACCUGGAUCCGCUGACAUACCGCUGAAAACAUAUAUUAAGGAAAUGCUUGGCUUCGAGUAUGACUUCCUUCCAGUGGUUGCUGUGGCACAUAUUUUCUGGUGCCUGCUCUUCUUCUUCGUCUUUGCCUAUGCUAUCAAGUUCCUCAACUUCCAAAGGAGAUAAUAAGCUUCUUUCAAACUCAAGUUAGUUUUAGGAUUAUCUAUAUAUUACAUUACAUGAGAUAAUUAAUACAAUAAGAAUGACCUAAUAAAAUUAACAAUACUUUACAAUUUUUAUGAUACAUAUAUUAGGAGGUACAAGGGGGCAAGUGGUAUGGAACUUGAGAGCUCAAUCUUUUUGAAAGAUCAGUAACACCUACCAAGUCUGAAAUAAUAGUUCAUGAACUACUAAUUUAGUUUCAUAUUCA